CUUUUGGCGAGAAAAAGAGGCUCGGGGCGGUGGCGCUGCCUCCCUCUCUCUCUCUAGCCCAGCCGCCUCCCCAACGGCCCAACCUCACCGAGGAGAGAGAGACCGAUACAGAGAGAGAGACCAAGAGGACACGGGAGAGAGGACGUUCAUUUCCGCGUCGUCUCCGCCCGCAGCCGGCAGCCCCACCACCCACCACAUGGCCGCCAUGCCGGGUGGGGCCCACGGCGCCGGCGCCGCGGACCCGAUGCAGGUGGACCAGCCGCUCCCCCCUGCCGCCGCAGGCACAGCACACGCCCCCGCCGACGCCAAGCAUGCUGGUUCUAUGAUUGAAGGGAGUGAUCCGGUCACAGGCCAUAUAAUCUCGACAACCAUUGGAGGGAAGAAUGGAGAGCCUAAAAGGACUAUCAGCUACAUGGCAGAGAGAGUUGUGGGAACUGGAUCAUUUGGAAUCGUCUUCCAGGCAAAAUGUCUGGAGACUGGUGAGACUGUUGCGAUUAAGAAGGUUUUGCAGGACAAGCGCUACAAGAACAGGGAGCUACAAAUCAUGCGAUCCAUGGAUCACUGCAAUGUUGUUUCCUUGAAGCAUUGCUUCUUCUCUACCACAAGCAGAGAUGAACUUUUCCUUAACUUAGUGAUGGAGUUUGUUCCCGAGUCAUUAUAUCGGGUGUUGAAACAUUACAGCAAUAUGAACCAGAGGAUGCCACUCAUUUAUGUCAAAUUAUAUACCUACCAGAUAUUUCGAGGCUUAGCCUAUAUUCACACAGUACCUGGAGUUUGCCACAGGGAUGUGAAACCACAAAAUCUUUUGGUUGAUCCACUGACUCACCAAGUGAAGAUAUGUGAUUUUGGGAGUGCCAAAAUGUUGGUCAAAGGUGAAGCAAACAUAUCAUAUAUAUGUUCACGUUAUUACCGUGCUCCAGAGCUCAUAUUUGGGGCAACUGAGUACACAACAUCAAUUGAUAUUUGGUCAGCUGGAUGUGUUCUUGCUGAGCUGCUUCUUGGCCAGCCUCUCUUCCCUGGUGAAAGUGCUGUGGAUCAGCUUGUUGAGAUAAUAAAGGUUCUUGGUACCCCAACGCGCGAGGAAAUCCGAUGUAUGAAUCCAAACUACACCGAGUUUAGAUUUCCUCAGAUCAAAGCUCACCCAUGGCACAAGAUUUUCCACAAGCGGAUGCCUCCAGAAGCUAUAGAUCUCGCUUCACGCUUGCUCCAGUAUUCACCAAAUCUAAGAUGCACUGCUCUUGAAGCGUGUGCACAUCCAUUCUUUGACGAUUUGCGAGAACCACAUGCGAGGUUGCCAAAUGGACGGCCAUUUCCUCCACUGUUCAACUUUAAACAGGAACUAGCAAAUGCCUCCCCAGAGCUCAUCAACAGGUUGAUCCCAGACCAUGCUAGGCGGCAUCUUGGGCUCACAUUAUUGCCCGCUACUGGACCAUAGGCGAAGGCUCUAUGGUGGUGCUUCGUUGUGCGGAAGGCAACCUGCAUUCAAGGUGUAGAAUCUGACAAUUAUUGGAAGGUCAAACAUGAGCUGGCGCGUAAGGAGAGGUGGUAUGUUCUCGUGCAGCCAGCCUUAAUUUGUCGCAUGUCUUAAUGCAAAAAUCUGAUUUUUGCCCAAGUAGUGAGAGGAGGGAAGGGGGUGGUCGGUGUAUUGUUAAGCUAUUGAAGGAAUUCGAUCCCUGCUAUUGUGUUACUUUCUCCAACGUUUAAACGUUGUAGUGCGCCUGUAAGUGUUCCAUAUAUCCCCUGUUGUCAGUCAGUGUAAUUCUGUAAAUGUUAUUAAUGGGAAAUUAUUUCGUGCUUUUCCAACCACAUAACUAAUCCCUACCUUGUUGGAAGCAAUCUCU